GGGACGGGGCUGCAUUGGCCUAGGAGGCACGCUAGAACCUGGAAAGAAUUUCAUAUGGGUCAUUUGGGUAGUUUCUGAAGGAGGAAGCAGGGCUCUGCUUUCAUGGUGUAUGUUUGUGUUAAUCUUGCCCCACACAGCUUAGUAGCCUGGGGCCCUUUUUUGGAGGUGUGGGCAAGUGAGUUCUGCGACCAUGAAGGUCAAGGUCAUCCCUGUCCUUGAGGACAACUACAUGUACCUGGUCAUUGAGGAGCACACACAGGAGGCUGUGGCAGUGGAUGUCGCCUGGGCCAAGGGGUUGCUGGAGAUUGCAGGCCGGGAAGGGGUGUCACUGACUGCCGUGCUGACUACCCACCACCACUGGGACCAUGCACAUGGAAAUGAGGAGCUGACACAGCUGCAGCCAGGGCUGGCCGUGAUGGGCGCAGAUGAACGCAUCUCUGCACUGACUCGAAAGCUAGCACAUGGCGAGGAGCUUCAGGUGAGCCAUGCUCAGAAGAAAUGGGAGGGUCUCAGCCACCAAGCCCUUUCACAAUCUGCUUCCCCUCUGCUGAAGUUUGGGGCCAUACAUGUCCGAUGCCUGCUAACACCUGGCCAUACAUCUGGUCACAUGAGCUAUUUCCUAUGGGAGGAUGAGUGUCCAGACCCACCUGUCCUCUUCUCAGGGGAUGCACUGUCAGUGGUUGGUUCUGGCUGGCACUUGGAGGGCAGCAUCCAGCAAAUGUACCAGAGCCUUGCUGAGACCCUCGGCACCCUACCCCUGAGACGGUGAGCUUUAAAGGUAUUCUGUGGCCACGAGCACACACUAAACAACCUCAAGUUUGCACAAAAAGUAGAACCCUGCAGUGAACACGUGAAAGCCAAGCUGUCCUGGGCCCAGAAAAGGGAUGAGGAUGACAUACCCACCGUACCCUCAACCCUGGGAGAGGAGUUCCUGUACAAUCCCUUCCUGAGGGUAGGAGAAGAGCCAGUGCAAGAGUUCACAGGCCGCUCAUCCCCUGCUGAAGUCCUGGAGGUGCUCUGUGAUGAGCGAGCAGCCUUCCAGCAUGCUGCUGAGCCACCGCAACUUCAGGCGGCACUCCUCGCCCUGCAGUGGGGCCUCCUGGAUGAACCUGGGCACAAAUGACCCACAAAGGGUAUCUGCUUGCCUCAUGCCCCUCUGACUGGAUCCCUUGAGGAUGGCCUCUGGAACCUUCCCAAGGCCCUGCGUGGUCAGCUACUCAGUCUCAGAGGAACAGCAAGUGAUGUUCUCUGUCAUUUAUAGGGGUACAGGCCAGACCUCUGUAGUGCUACGUGGGCUGAGACAGGCCACCA